AUGUUGUCGCGGCUGAGAGAGCAGCUGUGGGCGGACUGGAUCUGGUUCCCCGAGGGUCACGGCUGGGACGACUUCCAAGACCGAGGCGAUGGAAAAGUCUUCCCCCAAACCUCGGACCUUUGGGCCACGCUGCCCAUCGCCCUCUGCUUCCUGCUGCUCCGGCCGCUGUUCGAGAGGACAAUCGGGAGUCCUCUGGCCGCUCUGCUGGGAGUGAGGGACAAACCCAGAGUCUGUGUCGCUGCAAAUCCCACUCUGGAGUCGUAUUUCAGGACGUCCAAACAUCCCUCGCAGAAGUCCCUGGAGAACUUGACUAAACAAACUGGUUUAUCAGCGCCGCAGGUCCAGAGGUGGUUCAGGCGCCGGAGAAACCAGGACCGGCCCAGUUUAGUCAAGAAGUUUCAAGAAGCAAGCUGGAGAUUUACGUUUUACCUUUUUGCCUUCUUUGCCGGGCUGGCGGUGCUCGUCGACAAACCCUGGUUUUACGACAUGAAGAUGAUGUGGGAAGACUUUCCAAAAAUGCCGCUGGUGCCGUCUCAGUACUGGUACUACAUGAUUGAAUUGGGAUUUUAUAUCUCGCUGCUUUUUAGCGUGGCGUCCGAUGUCAAAAGAAAGGACUUUAAAGAGCAGAUCGUUCAUCACGUGGCGACCAUUUCUCUGAUCGGGUUUUCGUGGCUCGUGAACUACAUUCGAGCCGGGACUCUGAUCAUGUUGGUCCACGAUGCGUCGGAUUAUCUGAUGGAGUCGGCCAAAAUGUUCAACUACGCCGGCUGGAGGAUGACGUGUAACAUCAUCUUCACUCUGUUCGCCGCUGUGUUCAUCGUCACUCGACUCGUCAUCCUGCCCUUCUGGAUCAUUCACACGACGUGGGUGUACCCGCUGACGCUCUACCCGCCCUUCUUCGGCUUCUACUUCUUCAACGGGCUGCUGCUGGUGCUGCUGGCGCUGCACGUGUUCUGGGCCGUGCUCAUCCUCCGCAUGGUCGUCAAGUUCCUCCCCGCAAACAACAUCGUUGAAGACGAACGAAGCGACAAAGAAGAGUCUGAGUCCGAGGACGAAUGCGGCGACUCCAUAAAAGACAAACCUACAAACGGACACGUGUCGAACGGCCACACGCUCAACAACAACCACCGCAAACUGGACUGA